ACCAUCACUGGCUGACUGGGUCCUCACUCUCUCUCUCUCUCUCUUCCAAAAACUCAAUCUCAUUCAUAUCACACAACUUUUCAUUCAAAGGUUCUUAAUUCAAAAAUAAAAAAUUAAACUCCCACUUGCUAAAGAAGAAGAAGAAUUCAAACCAAGGGAAUACCACCGAGUGGGUAUUAUAGCAAGCUAGUCAGUAAGUCAUGGGGAUCUGCUCCAGUAUUUGUGCCUCUCUCCAUCAUACCCCAUCAUCAUCAUCUACUGAUCAAUUCAGUUCAGUGGCAGCAUCGCAGGCCACUAGCAACACCACUUCCUCCACCUCCACCUCCAGCGGCAGCAGCAGCAGCAGCAGCAGCACUAUUUCUGGGAACAGCAGAUUCUCCGCCCAAAGUGGUGGAAGCACUAAUGAGGGGAGUCCCACUCCCACCCCCGCCGGGCAUAUGUUGCCCCACCCCAAUUUAAGGAUUUUCUCUUUUUCAGAACUCAAGGCCGCCACAAGAAAUUUCAGAAGUGAUACGGUGCUGGGAGAAGGUGGUUUUGGCAAAGUGUACAAGGGGUGGCUCGACGACAAAUCCUCUGCCAGAGCUGCUGGGAAUGGAUCAUCCGUCAUUGCUGUCAAGAAGUUGAAUUCUGAAAGCAUGCAGGGCUUUCAGGAGUGGCAGUCUGAGGUGAAUUUCCUUGGAAGACUUUCUCAUCCAAAUCUGGUUAAACUGUUGGGCUACUGUUGGGAGGAUAAAGAGUUGUUGCUUGUCUAUGAAUUCAUGCAAAAAGGCAGCUUAGAGAACCAUCUUUUUGGAAGGGGUUCUGCUGCUCAGCCACUUCCGUGGGAUAUUAGGCUUAAGAUAUUAAUUGGAGCAGCUCGUGGUCUUGCUUUCUUGCAUGCAUCAGAUAGAAAAGUUAUAUACAGAGACUUCAAGGCCUCAAACAUACUGCUGGAUGGAUCAUACCAUGCCAAGAUAUCUGACUUUGGCCUAGCAAAAAUGGGUCCAACAGCUAGUAGAUCCCAUGUAACAACACAGGUUAUGGGGACAUACGGGUAUGCUGCCCCUGAGUACGUCGCAACAGGGCACUUGUAUGUGAAAAGUGAUGUGUAUGGUUUUGGUGUCGUCUUAGUAGAAAUGCUGACAGGGUUACGAGCACUCGACACAAAUCGUCCAUCUGGACAGCAUAAUCUGGUUGAUUGGAUCAAGCCACAUUUAUCAGACAGGAGGAAACUAAAGAACAUUAUGGAUUUGCGGCUGGAGGGAAGAUAUCCGUCAAAAUCUGCACUACAAAUAGCUCAGCUUGCUUUGAAUUGCCUGGAAAAUGAACCUAAAAACAGACCCUCAAUGCAAGAAAUAGUGGAAACACUGGAAAGAAUUGAUUCUGCUAAUGAGAGGCCUAGAGAGCGCAGGGUACAUUCUAGUUAUCAGACAGUGAAUCAUCGGCGUGGACAGCAGCCUCUACCUCUGCAGUAUCGUUCUCCACUUCAUCCGAGGCAGGAGGGUAAUCGAGCAUAUCCACUGCCACAGCGCUCAUAAUGCCAGUCAUUUCGAUCAAUGUUGUAAGAUGGCGUGAAGUAGUUGUAUUAUUUAUUGGCAGAUAGAAUGAAAAAGAGUAGAGAAUCUGUUAAUGAGUUUGAUGGUUGAUGUAAAGAUAGUUAUUGGUUUGUAUAUUCAGGAAAUUCUAAUGAUUUGGUGAGAUUUUGAACCCAA